GGUCAUAUUUUUUGUAAACAAGGUCUAUUGAAUUUUAAUUUUUCUCAUUUUCGUGUAAAAUAAAGUUUGUUAAAGCUUGUAAAUUAAAUUGAAAACGAAGGAAUGAUAUCGAUAACAUGUGUGUAUUAUAUUUCGGUAGAAUAUGUACUGAGUUAUAGUGAACAGUGAUAAAAAAUUUACUGAAAAAAUUGUAAAAUUAAAACGCAAAUUAAUUCUUCGCACUCGGGUACCUAGUACGUACUUAUUUUUCCAUCUGACGAUGUUUCACAAAACUGAAAGCAUGUUUUCCCGUCAAAAGUUCUAUAGAAGCGAUGAAUUCGACGACGAACUAAACGAUUUGUUCAAUAAAAAGUACCAGUUUCGUUUUAACAGCGAAUGGAAGAUGCCGGCCCGAGAGUCGUGGUUUUCCGCACCGCCUUGGAAAGUUAAAGCUUUGGAGUCCUUAAAAACGAGACUUAAUUUUCACAAGAGUCAAUUGAAUGACUUCAGUAUUGAGGAGUGGAGUAGUCAUACACGUAGACGGAACCCAGCUGGCGAAGUCGGUUGGAAGGUUAGAUGUUUAAUCAACCCGGAGUUUCUGACGCAGGCAUGGACGAAGUUCUACGAAUGCGCAUGUACAUACAGUAUAGUGCCAAAGGAAGCGAGUGCAGCAAAGAAGUUAGUCUCACUGCACCUCUGCGAAGCACCUGGAGCUUUCAUAACAUCUCUGAAUCAUUAUUUGAAAUUAAAUCACCGGGAUAUGCAGUGGUCGUGGCUAGCCAAUACACUGAAUCCGUAUUAUGAAGGCAAUUCUCCGUCAAACAUGAUCAGUGAUGACCGUUUCAUGUACCACACACUGGAUAGCUGGCAUUUUGGUGUGGACAGCACGGGGAAUCUGAUGGACUGGGAAAAUUCACAAGCCAUUGUCAAUAAAGCCAAGAGCUUGGGGAAGCAGGUUAUGCUUGUCACAGCAGAUGGAUCCAUCGAUUGUCUUCAGAAGCCUGAUGCUCAGGAGGAAGUGACAUCUCCAUUACAUUAUUGUGAAAUUGUGACCGCACUGCAGACUCUGAGUCCAGGUGGAACCUUAAUAUUCAAGCUGUUCACAAUGUUUGAACACUCGACAGUCAAUCUACUGUACCUGCUCAACCACCUAUUCAAAGAAGUCAAUAUAUACAAACCUGUGACAUCUCGACAAGGAAACUCUGAAGUCUAUGCAAUAUGUCUUCGAUACAAAGACAAUAUCAACUUGGAUGAGUACAUACCUAUCCUCAAAUCCACAUAUGGUACAGAACUUUAUUCCAAAACAUCUCUGUUUUCACUAGAAGUUAUCCCAGAAUCUUUCUUAAAGCAAAUAGAGGAAUGUGCGUAUUACUUUUAUUCAGUCCAAUGCCAUGUGAUAAACAAUAAUCUCCAAGCAUACUUGAUGCAGAAUAACAUUGCAUUGCACAGAGAUAUGAAGAAAAUAAGAGCAAUCGUGGCUUCUGAAUAUAUUUGGAAAUAUGAUUUAAAACCCAUUGAAUAUGAACAGGAGAUUUUAAAGGGUGCUUUACAUGAAGAGAAUAAAAUUAACACGAAUCCACGCUACCAUCGCGGCUCAUACACAGAGAGGCAGUUGUACUCCAAAAUGUCAUUGAAAGAAAAAUUGAAAAAUUUGAAUGCUUUUUUGCAAGCUGAACUGUUAUCGAAUCCUCUGAUUCUGAUAAAUGAACCUAUCCGAUGGAUGUCCAAGGACGAUACUUUAAAACUAAACAUUGUUUUUACAUAUGGCCUGCCUUUACAAAAGGUGAACAGCUCAAAAUUCAUAUUUGUUCCGAUUUUUAAGCUCUAUCAGCAAAUAUUAGCUGAAGAGGAGUUCAAAGAAAUUAUCCUCUACAAACAAUCAAGGGGACAAGUUAAUGUAAAGGACACUGACAGUGAGAUUUCGAAGGUUCUUUUACUGCCUGAGUAUCAAUACAAAGAUUGUUACAAUGUAUAUGAGAAAAGUUGUUUCAAGACAUUGCUCAGCUUAUUAAAGCAACUUGAAAAAGGAGAGACUCUUUUACUAAAAAAUUUUAACACAUUGACUCAUUUUAAUGUAAGCACUUUAUACAUUCUUUCUAAGUUGUGUUUUGAAAAGACUGGAUUCGCAUCAUGCGGAAGCAUAAUUUUAAGUAAUUUUCAAGAUAAAUCUUUGUUAAACCAUCUAGAUAUUAUAGAUAUUGAAUGUGAUAAAGUCCGAUGCGACAAGUCAAAAGAUGUUUUGAAUAAUCUACCAGUUCAAGUAACAAACGAUGGCGAAUUUUUUAACAACAUUGUGUUUUACAAUAAUACAUUCUAUCGAAAUAAAUGCAUGGAAUAUUUGUUCACAAUUGAACAGUCUCUUUAAUAAGUAUGUUAUCAAUUUUUAAAAUGCAUUUGUGGUAUCAAUACGAGAUAUUUUUUUAAGUAAUUUAUUCUUGUAAACAAAAUAAUUUUUAAUGUAUCUUGUUGUUCUCUUGUCACCUUGGAUUAAUAAACUAUUUCUGAAUGUUGUUUUGAAUU